AGCCUGGCUUAAUGGGUUUUGCAAGGUGUGAUGUGUUUGCUAUUCUCCCGCCGUCACAGGUUUCGGGUGAUAGAUACACACAAGCUGUGGCAUGUGCAUUAAAUGGUAGAUAUUUUGAAUUGUAAGCGAUAACUAAUUCACUGCAACAUUAAUGAGAUGAUUCUAGUUGGUACAAAAGGAAGAUAAAUUUCAUUUACGUUUUGCUGUUAACGAGCAGAUGACAGAUUUAUCUUCUCUUGGUCACCAAGCAGAAUGAAGGCCUCGGCAAAGGUGUUUACAUUGUUAUCGAUCUGUUGGGUGUCCCUGUUCCUCUUCACAACUGCGGCACCAGUUAGUACAACAAUAGUUGAAACUCCACUCGGACCAGUCCAGGGACUCAUCGAGAUAGCUGUCAAUAACCAAUCCUACUUGUCGUUUCGCGGUAUACCUUACGCUAAGCCACCAGUAGGAAAGCUAAGAUUCGCUAAGCCAGAACCUCUCCCUGUUUCAAAAUCAGGCAGUGUUAUUGACGCCACAAGAUUUGGAGCUUCAUGCAUUCAAAGUGUUGGAGAGCUGGCCCCUGGUGAAACGAUCUCAGAGGAUUGUCUUUUCUUGAAUGUGUAUGUUAAAGACCUCUCGAGAAAACAAAGAAAGGUUCUAGUUUGGAUCCACGGCGGCGCUUUCGUUUUUGGCUCCCCCUACAUUUACACCCCUGGAAGUAUUGUCACGAAUGAAGAUAUUAUUGUAGUUUCUAUUAAUUACAGGCUCGGAGUUCUGGGGUUUCUCAGCACAGAGGACAUUUCCGGUCCAGGGAAUUAUGGUCUAUGGGACCAAAUAUCGGCCAUAACAUGGGUGAAAAAUAACAUCGAAGCAUUCGGUGGAGAUGCCAAUGACAUUACUAUUGCGGGUGAAUCCGCUGGAGGCGCUUCUGCGUCCAUUCUUUCCAUAAGUCCAGCAACUAAAGAUCUUUUUACCAAAGUAUACUCACACAGCGGUUUUGCGACAUCGUUAUUCAAUAAUUACAAAAACGCCAAGUCCGAUGCUAUAGCACUGGCUAAGAAGUUGGAUUGCUAUCAGAUCAGCUCGUCAUCUGAAGCCAUUAUCGACUGUUUGCGAAACAAACCAGUGUCAAGUUUAGUUCCAGACGUGGACCCAAUGAGAAUAACUUUCGUACCUCGCGUGGAUGAAGAGCUCUUGCCCCGGUCACCGAUGAAACUCUUGGAGGACGAGGCGUAUCUACUUGGUGUCGGCUUCCAUCAAAGAGAUUACUUGAUCGCUCUAAACAAUAACGAAGCCAGUGCUGUUCACAAAAGGUAUUAUCCCGCCCGAGACGCCUUUUAUUUACUAUUCAAUGGUACAACAGAACAGAAAGAUGCCAUCUGAAAACAAUUGAUAGGAGGUACGAACGUUGCGGAUCGUUUUGAAGUUCAAACCCCCAAUCCCAGUGCGGUCAACGUUGUGUCCAGUUGGUAUGAGAACAGGUACGAUGGACAAAAUGGUUACCCAAUUCUUUUGACUGAUGUCAACUUUGUUAUCCCUGCCUUUGACAUUCUUGAUGCUGCGUCUGAAGGUCCAGCGACUCGAGUUAGGUUCACGUACUUUAACCAUUACCCUAAGUACUUGACUGGACCUGAGAAGGGGAUGCUUCAUGGCCUGGACAUCGCCUAUUGGUUUGAUGUUCCUCUGGUUACGAUGAACGCCUUCAUACAAGCGGUGCUGUAGACGACUUCACCGAGACCGACGAAAAAAUCAAAAAGAUAUUCACCUCUUUUAUAGGCGACUUUGUAAGAGGCCAAGUCAAUUCAACAAGAUGGCCGCACUACAAGCCGGAAGUCGGUCUCUAUCUAGAGUUGAAUGAUCAGCCCGUUGUCAAGAAACAGUUGGCGCAAGAGACAAGACAUUUCUGGAAAACGGAGCUGCCCAAAAGUGUGUAGUCUUUGCAUUCUGAAAUAGCAAGAAACAAAAAUUGUGCAGGUGCAAGAAAUAUGAAUAAAAAUUUUAUAUCGGAUAUAUUGUAACAA